AUGACAACGCAAGCUCAAGCUGUGACGGUGUCUCUCGAGGACCUCGUUCGAGGUUCCGUCUCCUUCGAGACCCUGCAGCAGGCCUUCGGGCCCGACUCGCUCGGCAUCCUGGUCGUCAAGGAUGUGCCGCAGGAGUUUGGCCAACUCCGACGCAUCGCGCUCUCAUACGCAUCGUACCUCGGAAACUUGCCUGCAGCAGAACUAGAAAAGCUGGAAAACGUCAAGGCCAAGUACCUUACCGGCUGGUCUCUCGGUAAGGAAACGCUGGCGGACGGGCGGGCAGACACUUUCAAGGGAUCCUACUACGCCAACUGCGCCUUCUACGUCGACGCCAGUCUGGAGUGCGCCAAGCCCACGGCCGACUUCUCUCCGACAACGUUCCCGGAGUACCUCUCGGCCAACCUGUGGCCGUCGGAGCAGGUGCUCCCCGGCUUCAAGCCGGCGGUGACGGACCUCUGCAAGCUCAUCAUCGACGUCGCCGUCCUCGUCGCCCGUGCCUGCGAUCGUUUUGCCGAAAAGGAGAUUCAGGGCUAUCCCAAAGGCUACCUCGAGCACGUCGUGAGCACGUCCAACACGACCAAGGCACGCCUGCUGCACUACUUCCCCCAGGGGCUUGACCACAACGACGGCACGUCCGAGGAUGACUGGUGCGCGACCCACCUCGACCACGGCUGCCUCACCGGUCUCACGUCUGCCAUGUUCAUCGACGAACAAAAGGUCUCCCCGGCCGUUCCGGCCGACGUCGCCGCCGGUGCCGCCGGUGCCUCCCUGCCACCCCUCGACGAGCUCGCGGCGUCGCCGGACCCGUCGGCGGGGCUGUACAUCAAGUCUCGGACGGGAGAGACAGUGCAGGUCAAGAUUCCGCGGGAUUGCAUCGCCUUCCAGACGGGCGAGGCGCUCGAGCGCAUCACGGCCGGGCGGUUCAAGGCGGUGCCGCAUUUCGUCCGGGGCGUGCGCGCGAGCGUGAGCGAUGGCCGCGUCGCCCGCAACACCCUCGCCGUCUUCACCCAGCCCAACCUCGGGGAGGAGGUGGACAUUGAGCAGCACCUGACGUUUGGCGAGUUUGCGCGGGGCGUCGUGGCCAAGAACACGGUGUCAUAG